UAUUGAGAAUCGGAUUGGUUAUUUUUUCUCGACUCAUUCACCGGCUUGUGUUGUGUUGUCUUCAAAGUAUACUGUCACUAACUUAGCACAGAAGUGUAGUAAGGAUGGACUCAUGCAAUACAGAAUCUAAGAAAAUGAAAGUAUCAACAGAACUAUCUGAGUUUGAUGCUAUAUUUGAGGAACUAGUGGAGAAUCUCACAAAGGAAGGUCUACAAGACAAGGAAAUUAAAGAUGCUUUCACUUGGUUCAAAGAGGUUCUUAUCUAUAAUGUUCCUCAUGGCAAGAAAAACCGAGGUAUUUCCGUGGUGACUUCUUUCAAGCAUUUAGUUCCUGAUGCCUCAGAGGACGACAUAAAGAUUGCUCGAGUGAUGGGAUGGUGUGUUGAGUUGUUGCAAGGUUUCUUCUUGGUUGCUGAUGACAUAAUGGACAACUCCUUGACACGCAGAGGUCAACCCUGUUGGUAUAAGAAGGAAGGUGUUGGCAUGAUUGCAAUCAAUGACAGUUACUUCUUGGAGAGCUGUAUAUACAAGUUAAUCAAACGCUACGCUGCAAGCAAGCCAUACUAUGUUCAUUUAUUAGAACUUUUUUUAGAGACCACUCUCCAGACUGUUAUUGGUCAGUGUAUGGACCUAAUCACUGUCCCUGUGGAAGGCAAGCUGGACUUGUCUAAGUUUGACAUGGAAAGAUACAGUACUAUAGUCAAAUGGAAAACUGCCUUUUACUCAUUCUAUCUCCCUGUUGCUAUUGCUAUGUACAUGUCUGGUAUAACGGAUGAAGUAGUUCUUGCUAAAGCCAAGGAAAUUUUACUAGAAAUGGGACAUUUCUUUCAAGUACAGGAUGAUUAUUUGGAUUGCUAUGGAGACCCAGAAGUCAUUGGCAAGAUAGGCACUGAUAUACAGGACUGUAAGUGUGGCUGGCUUGUCGUCCGAGCCUUAGAGGUAGCUAGCGAAGAGCAGAAGGACAAAUUAAAGGAGUACUAUGGAAAGUGGGACGAUGAAGCUGUGCAGAAAGUGAAAAACAUUUACAAAGAGUUGAAAGUUGAAAGCUUGUAUCUUCAGUUUGAGGAGGAGAGCUACACCAAGAUCACCCACAUGAUCAACACGCUCGAUGUCAAACUACCAAAGAGCAUAUUCCACGACUUUGUGAACAAAAUCUAUAAGAGACAAAAAUAACUGUUCUCAUUUAGUCUCAACUAGUAAGGGUAGAUAAAUAAAUAUAUUGGUGCAUAUUUUUUGAAGGUAUGUCCAUAAUCUUGUAUAAAAAGUGGACAUGCAAGGUUGGAUCGCAGAAGAACCACAUAUCACUGUGGCUGAUGAACACCAUACUAUUGCAUAUGACUCAAACGUUGAACUCAUUCUAUUCAUAACCAGCAUUUUUAGUUGUAUAGCAAAUAACAAUUCUUAUGUAUUAGAAGAGAGGCAAAAAUACUGAAUUUAAAAACAAAAAGGUGGGGGGGGGGUUACAUAAUCUGAAAUAUAUAGCGACUAUUGCAGUCAUUUGGAUUUGUUAUGACUGUGUCAUUAUGGUGUUUACAUUGACAGACUUAGUCUUGUCCUAAUCAGAUCUGUUAGCAGGUAAUAUCAUUCAUUUCUAUCAUUAACUGAUGCUUCGUCUGUUCGUUGAUUUUUAAAGCUGGAGGGUUAUCUUGAUUAAAAUAUUGUUCGAAUGCACUGUACCUUUUUCUUCCUAUCUGCUAUGCCCAAGCUUCAAGGAACAUGGGAGCCUUGUCCAGAUCUUGGAGGCUUAGACAUAGUGGUGCUGAAAGCAGAACAUUUUUAGGAAGAAUGAAUUGUGGUAAACACAGCCAAGAAAUAAUAGAUUUUGUAUCUGCUCUUUUUUUCUUUUUAGUUUUUAAACUUGUAACAAUUCAAUAUUUUUUUUUAUUCUGCAUUUUAUGUAGGUGUGUUUUACACUGGUUUUAAGUGUAUUUCUUUUCACUGCCGCAGUACAAACUAUAUUAUUGUUUAAUUUCUAUAAUUGUCAAAGUGAUUGAGUGAAUUUGUUGAAAUUUUAACUUGUUACAACUAAACAUUGUACAUUAAAUAAAUGGAUGUAUUAUUUUUUAAAUGUCCAUCUCUGCAUGUUUGUGAAAGAUCUAAAUAGUGUUGACUGUAAUAGUGUCAAAAAAAAUCUAAGUGUUGAAUCCAAUUUGAACUACAAGUCGGCUGGGGUCGGUGGGGGAAGGAAAUGACUUUGGCUUAGGUCCCUUGCUCAUCACAUGGUUUUUUACCAUACAACCAAAAAAAAAACAACUGAAUGAGAUUUUGCUGUGAGGUAGAUUUUACAUUGGACAAUUUGUUUUAUUUAUUUCAUUUCGAAUGGCUAAUAACUGCUUUGUUGUGAUUGGUUCAUCUCUUGUGGCCAUAAGAUGAUUAUAAUUUAAUUAUAGUGUGAAGCAUACAAUUGGUCAAGUAGGUCGCUGAUUACUGCCACCCUACUUCACUCCUUCAGCCUUACUUUUUUUUUUUCGCUGAAGAGUGAAAGCCGUGUAAUGCACGAGGGACCUUAGUCUUUUAUCUUUUUAUUUUUAUUUUCUGUUUUCUUUAUAAUUGAGGAAUGUCUAGUCUGUAUUUAUUAUCAGCGAAGAGAUUUGCAAAUGUAAUUGUUUAUGUUGAUUUUUUUUUUUUUUUGUGAACUCCAAAUAAAUUUUGUAAUCAUUUUUAUAUA